AUGUCCCAUAAAACGCCAACAAGAGCAAGAUCUUGCUAUGCUAACAGUUCUACUACAACAAUUAAUUCCACCCCUUCUAGAAACUCAUUCAGACCACCAUCAAGAUUAUCGAUGAUUCCCAAAUCAUCGUCACCGAUUCAACCCCCUAGAUCUCGUCCAAGUUCAGCAAUGUCAAUUAGUCGGCCAUCAACGCCGUUAAUGAAAAGUCAAGAACCCUAUACGGGGGCCAUAACCGUUUCAAUUAGACCAAACCCUAACACAAUCGACACUAAAAGUUGGAGUAUUGAUGAGUAUGAUAACUCAAUAAUGAAUACCAACGAUGGGACAAGAUUUGUGUUUGAUAAUGUAUUCCCCAUGGAUAGACAAUUGAGCAAUAUCCAAGUAUAUAACAAAUCAUGUUAUAACGUUGUCAAUAAAUUUCUUGAAGAAGGAUAUAAUGGUACUAUAUUUGCGUAUGGGAUGACAGGAUCAGGUAAAACAUUUUCCAUGAAAGGGUGUGACACCGAUCCUGGGUUUGUUGAAUUGGCAAUAAAUGACAUUUUCCAAAAAAUCACCGACAACGCCACUACAAAAAAAUAUAAAAUGGAUAUCUCGUAUCUUGAGAUAUAUAAUGAAAAAAUAAUAGAUUUAUUAUCUGGAUCACCAUCAUCUCCAACGACCUCUCAGAGUAACCAAGAUUUGAAAAUUAGAGACGAUGUGGAUUUCGGUAUCAAAGUAGUUGGAUUAACAAGUGCUAAUAUCACGUCGAAACCACAACUAUUGCAAUUGAUUAAAUAUGGGGAUACCAAUAGAAAAACAAGUGCUACUGAUUUCAAUGCCAGAUCAUCUAGAUCUCAUUCAAUUUUACAAAUAAGAUUACAGACCAUUGACUUGUUAUCAGAAACUGAAUUAAAAUCAACGUUAUCCUUAUGUGAUUUGGCAGGGCUGGAGAGAGCAGCAACAAGUUUAGAAAGAAGAAAAGAAGGUUCAUUUAUCAAUAAAUCAUUAUUGGCUUUAUCCAAUGUCAUCAAUAAACUUUCAAGCUCGACUCUAGAACAUAUUCCGUAUCGAGACUCAAAAUUGACAAGGUUAUUACAACCGGCAUUAAGUGGAUCUUCAUUGGUUCUGAUUCUUUGUACCAUCCAUAUGGGGAGUAAUCAACAAAAUUCUCAACAGUGUGUAGCUGAGACAUAUAAAACUUUAAGAUUUGCCGCAAGAGCUAAAGAUAUAGUUAUAAAUGUUGAGAGAAAUAUGAGUCAAAAGCUUGAGGGUGGUGACUCAAGUCGGAUGAUUCAAGAGUUGAAUGAAAUCAUUAGUAAACAACGACAAGAAAUUAUAAAAUUACAAUCAAGUACGAGUGCAUCAUUGAAAGAAUUUGAAAGUUCAAGGAUUAUUCAAUUGGAGUCAGAAAACAGAGUGUUGAUAGAAAAAUUGGAUCAUUUGAACAGAUUAACAGAUUUGCAAAAAACAGAAACAGCUAUUAUCAAAAACGAUAUCUUGAACGAUAUUUUAGCAUCUGGCUUGGACAGUCUGCAAAUUCUAAUGACAAAUAUUGAAGAUUUCUAUAAGAAAAUGACUUAUGAGGCCAAUGAAUAUAAAUCAUAUAUCGCUCGUUUAGAGACCCAAUUGAAAUUAGAAUCAAUGAGUAGCUCACAUCAGUCAUCACCAACAUCAAGUAUACCAAUCUCUCACACUGCUAAUGAAUCAUCCGAGUUAAUGGAGGCUUUGAAAGAACAAGAAGAGGAAAUUCUUAUGUUGAAAGAACAAUUAAAAGACAAAGAUCAGAUAAUAAAGAGUUUAUCACAAACAACAAGAUUACGUCGAUUGGUUGAUAAUAGUAAUAAUAGCACCACCACCACUAACCACCAUAAUACUUAUAACACGUUGGAUAAUGAUUUUAAACGACACACCACAAUAGCAAACUUUGAUAAAGAGAAUUAUGAACCUGAAUUACGCAAUUUUAAACUAAGUCCAAAGAAACCAAAGUCAAACUGUGAUAUUCUAGAAAGUUUUUGA